CAUACGCUUAGAUAAAAAUCACAUAAAAUGCAACUCGCUAUUGUAUUUGUCAAAACGGGAUUGUUGCAUUUCUGAUUUUUGAUGUAGAAAUAAUUAUUUUAUAUAUAAAGUAGUAACAAACCUAUUUUUUACGUGAUUGUAUUUAGAGUGAGGAUUUAAGUUAUUGUACAAGAUGUCUCACGUCGCUGACGUAAAACUUGUUUUUUCUAGGUUAUUUUCUUUGAAAAAUGGGCUCAGUAAUAUACGAUGGGGAUCGAGAAAUUUAUCUCGAGAAGUUGACAAAACUGCGAAUGCUAAAACUAGUGUAACUCCUCUACCACCUCUUUCUGAGCCGAUGCCAAACCUACCUCCUGUAGCCUACUCUAAAGCUAAAUCUGAAGACACCCUCACAGAAGUUACCGUUUUGAGCAAUGGUCUAAGAGUUGCAUCAGAAAAAAAGUUUGGACAGUUCUGCACAGCUGGUGUUGUAAUUGAUUCUGGCCCGAGAUAUGAGGUUGCUUAUCCAAAUGGAAUCUGUCAUUUCUUGGAGAAGUUGAGUUUUGGAGCCACCCACAAAUUUGCAACUAGAGAUGUGAUGCUGCGUGAGUUGGAGAGACAUGGCGGCAUCUGUGAUUGCCAGGGCUCCCGAGACACCACAGUAUAUGCUACUAGUGCUGACUCCAAAGGGCUGGAAGCUGUAACACAGGUACUGGCAGAAGUAACCCUGAGGCCUCAACUGUCUGCAGAUGAGAUAGAAGCAGCAAGGCAGGCUGUUGCUUUUGAGCUGGAGACCCUCUCCAUGAGACCAGAACAGGAAACCAUACUGAUGGAUAUGAUACAUGCUGCUGCUUAUAGAGGAAACACUCUUGGAUUACCAAAAAUUUGUCCAAAGGAAAAUGUUAACAAAAUAGACCGAGGUAUCAUCCUGAACUUUUUGAAACAUCACUACACUCCUGACAGAAUGGUUGUAGCUGCUGUUGGGGUGGACCAUGAACCGUUUGUGGAGUAUGUUCAGAAAUACUUUGUCGAUAUGAAACCAACGUGGCAUUCCGAGGGAGAUGAGACAAACUUCCAACCAGUUGUGGAUAAGUCCAUUGCACAAUACACUGGAGGAUCGCAACAUGAAGAAUGUGAGAUUCCUCUUUAUCCAGGCUCUGACCUGCCUGAGCUGUCACAUAUUGUCAUUGGAUUAGAGAGCUGUUCACACGGCGAUCCUGACUUCGUGGCCACGUGCGUACUCAACAUGAUGAUGGGCGGCGGCGGCUCCUUCUCCGCCGGCGGGCCCGGCAAGGGGAUGUACACUCGCCUCUACACUAACGUACUGAACAGGUACCACUGGAUGUUCAACGCGACGGCGUACAACCACGCGUACGGCGAUACGGGUCUCUUCUGUAUACACUCGGCGUCGCCGCCGAACCGUCUCUACGACACCACCCUCGUCAUCGCGCGCGAACUCGCUAACAUGGCCGGCAAAGUCGGCGAGACCGAACUCAAGAGAGCCAAGACUCAACUGCAAUCAAUGUUGCUGAUGAACCUGGAGGCUAGACCUGUGGUUUUCGAGGACGUAGGCAGACAAGUGCUCGCCACGGGCAAGAGGAAGCCUCCUUCCUUCUUCAUUAACGAAAUAGAGAAAGUAACAGCUGACGACAUAGUGCGAGUAGCAAAGCGCAUGCUGAGCACUCGGCCAGCGAUCGCGGCUCGCGGCAAGCUCGCGCACAUACCUUCGUUCGAAGAGAUCCAGGCUAACAUGAACUCCUCCAAAGCUGAUCCUACUCCACAAAACCGCCGCCUCGACUUCUUUCGCGUCUAGUGACACUCCGUAAUGAUCCCUAUAGACAUUCUAAAUAAUUUAAAUUUUAAUAGUAAAUGUUAUUGUUACAAAUAAUAUAGUAAUUCUUUUUUCCA